CGAUUAAUUUCGAUUCAUAUUUUGUCAUUGUUUAUUUGAUAAAAUACGUUCAGUCACAUCCCCCCAAAAACAGAAUAAUAGUAAACACCAGGAGCUACACGUAUGUGCAAUGUAACUGAAUUAGUUGACAAGGUGAUACCAAAACGAGGAAGUUUGUGGGGUGUCGUGUGCGAAACCAUCCAGGGUACACCGUCACACGCGCAGCUUUAUAGGAUGGAACGCGUUUAGCUAGCGUUAGCUAGACAGCGAAGUCUAGCAUGGAAGCCUCAACGCGACGUUGUAAUGGGUGACUCCAAAGUUUUUUUAAAACCCCCCAAAACCCAUGUAGGAUACGCACGCCUCGUUUCGUGGCGUGUUUAACACGGUGCGAACGGAAAGCGAGCGACAGGCCGCAAAUGGAGCCCGAAACCUCGCGUAAAAGUCCGGCCGACGCCGGGUGCUCCAAACGGCCCGACUUGAGGGAGGAGACGCCGGGGGAAGAAGCGAAAGGUGCGGACGGGAGCACAGUGGUGUUGAGGCGAAAAGGGGGAGACGAAGCAGUCAAAUGUAACGAUGUGAAAUCUGAGCGUGGAGGUGGCGGAGAAACUGAAUAUCAGCUGAAAAGCGGAGACGAAGAGGAUGCUGGCAAACAUGAGGAGGAGCUGGACCCAAGAAUUCAGGAGGAACUCGAGCAGCUCAACCAGGCCAGCGAGGAGAUCAACAAACUGGAGCUUAGUUUGGAUGAUGCCAGGUCCAGCUACAGGAAAAUUCUCACCGAUUCUGCCAGGAAGCUGAAUGCUCAGGGCUCCCAACUCGGUUCCUGUAUUGAGAAAGCCAGGCCUUACUAUGAAGCCCGCAGACUGGCCAAAGAGGCACAACAGGAAACCCAGAAAGCUGCUCUAAGGUACGAGAGGGCUGUGUCCAUGCACACUGCCGCCAGAGAGAUGGUGUAUGUGGCGGAACAAGGCCUGUUGGCUGACAGUAACACCAUGGAUCCAACCUGGCAGGAGAUGCUCAACCAUGCUACUGCGAAGGUGAAUGAGGCUGAGGAGGAGCGCUUUCGCAGUGAGCAUGAGCACCAGCGGGUCACCCAGCUAUGCCAGGACGCUGAGGCUAAAGUCCAAACGCUCCAAAAAUCACUGAAGAAGGUCAUACUCAAGUCCAAACCUUACUUUGAACUGAAGGCUCAGUUCAACCACAUACUCGGGGAACACAAGGCCAAAGUAGUACAACUGGAGGAGCAAGUCGCAAAAGUAAAAACGCGUUAUUCGGUGGCUCUACGGAACCUGGAGCAGAUAAGUGAGCAGAUCCAUGCACAGCGAGGCUACGUCUGCGCUAGCAGGGACCGACGAGCUAUGCGUGGUGGCCGUAGCUCCCCAGUUGGUGCCGAGGCGGAGAUCGGAGUUGCAGUGAGGGUUCCGAUUGGUAGCUUUGUAGGAAUGGCUAAGGCAGAAAGUGCCUGGGGAGAUGGUGAGAGAACGCGGCUGUGGGUGGAAAAACACCGGCGGAACGGCUGGGGUCAGAGGGAGGAGGCGGAAGCGUUUCACACCGGUUCGGACCGCAUGUCCAUCAUCAGCCUCCAGACCAUCGCUUCUGACCUGGAAAAAUGUGAUUCGGUAGAACAUUUGAGCGACUUUAGCGAUGGCAGGAGCGCGCUGGAUGAGGAGUGGGACUGGAAUCGGAAGACUCCGCUCAGGCCCAGCAAAGAAGCAGAAGUUGCUCUCAGACCCCAGCGGGCCAAAGCACGGCAGCAGAACGAAAAGGGUCGUCAAGAGAAGCAGGACAGCUUUGUCAAGCAGCACCACAGAAGCGCGAGUCUCUAAUGUGUGGAGAAAGCCAGGAAAGGUGCUGAAUAUUUUGGAUCGUGCUCGUCGUUUAUUGAUUUAUUGAUGGUGGGCGACUGGUUCGCACGUCAGCUUCACAGUGCAGAGGUCCGGAGUUAGUUUCAGUGGUUCAUAUCCGGGCUCUGUCCAUCCUGUGUAGAGUUUGCAUUUUCUCCCCGUGCCUGCGUGGGUUUUCUCCGGGUACUCCGAUUUCCUCCCACAUUCCAAAAACAUGCAUGGCAGGUUAACGGAACACUCGAAAUUGUCCCGAGGUGUGAAUGUGGAUGGUUGUGCCCUGCGAUUGGCUGGCAACCAGUUCAGGGUGUCCCCAGCCUACUUUCUGGUGAUGGUUGGGAUGGGCUCCAGCACACCCGCGACCUUCGUGAGGAUAAGCGCGUUAAAAAAUGGAUUGAUGGAUUGUUCUAAACACAAAACGGAGAAAUUGCAUGUCGAUCAAUUCUCAUGUUCUUUGUUGAAUCAUCUCUGAACGCACUUAUGACAGCAGUUACAGCCUCAAGUAUUUUUAUUUUGUACUUUUUGAACCUUUUUCUGCCUUUCUCUUUUAUUCGUGUUAUGAUUUGUUCUUAUCCUGAAAUAGCAUUCGUAUCAUUGCUUUCAUUUGGAUUCAAAAAAUUCUUGCGCGUUUCUUACGUUUGUAUUGAAAGGCGCGUCCACAUAUCGUUGUUAGGCACAAAAAUCUUUACUGGCUUCGACUGAACCUUGAUUGAAAUAACUCAUUUGCUAACUGGUUUUUAUGCUCUUAUGGACCGGAAAGGGAUGAAAAAAAAGUCUCAGAUUAUUUAGCUGAAUGUUGUACAUUCCCAAUCAAUGGAUCUUCUCAUAAGUUGCUGAGCUGUCAUUAUUUGCAGUAUUUAAAUUAGCAGUUGUGAGAAAAGAGGAGUGCACUGACUGACCUCUGAUGUACCAAAUAGUUUUAACCCUUUCAGGGACAGUGGCUACUACAUUGGACAGCUUAUCAUGUUAUCAGGCUACAAGGUGCAUGAAAGGGUUAAAGCGCGCUUCCAGUAAGUCCGGAUGUUUUAACUUAUUGCGUGAAAUAAAACGAAGCAGAUCUUGUAUUUUGCUUUUGAAAUGAAGAAGCCUUGCGGUUUCUAAUUGGGGGGGAAAAAUAUGUUAAUUUUGUUUAUUAAAGUUUGCCUGAGUUAUUUAAUAUUCAAAAUACAUUUUAGAAAAUGUUUGCAAUUAUUGCAUCAUGUUAUGUAAGUCUGCCCUUGAGCUAAUUUCCCGUCUUCGUCAAAGCGCCCUUAUUUUUGACAUUCAGAGCUUCUAGAAUGUAUAUAUAAGAUGGAAUCAACUGUUCGGCCCCACAAAAAAAAAAAUAAAUACAGAUCUUGGUUUCAUCUCUCCACAGAACAUUGUCCCAGAUGGGCAGACAGUUUGUCCAGGUUGUCGUUUCCAAAGACAAUGUCCAAUGUUUUUUUUUUUUUUUUUUUUGUGGGGUCGGGUAUGUAUCAUCAAUAUUUUUCACUUGGCACGUUUCCAGCUAAAUGAUACAAUUUGCCUUGACAAAAGUCAAGUCAAGUCAAAAUCUGGCCACUGGUAAAAAUAGUUUUGGGCUUUGGUACAUAUGCUCACUGGUUGUAUAAAAAAAUAAAAAUAAACAGUAACACUGGUCAACAGCAAACUUUAAUCCAUAUGUGUCCACGUCACCUGAAAGUAUUUUAAGCAAAUGGAGAAAAAAAACUACACUUUUUUUCCCUGACUGAGCGCAUCAGGUUUGUGAGGUUUUGAUUGAUUUUUCUUUUUAAUUUUUGACCUACAAAACCUUGUGCAUUGAUAUCAGUAACGUUUCAGGAAAAAAAAUGUCCACCUGUUGCCGAACCUAACCCUUAAUUUACAUUAUUUAAUAUAGUAUAUAUUACUGCUGUGAUAUUUUAUUAUUAUAAAUAACCUGAUGUGCCAGAAGGAAAAAAAGAAAGAUUCAAAUGUUUUUUUUUUCUUCCUCAAUUUAUUCCAGUUCUCGAGUUAGAUCUGAUAUUGUACAGAUGGAGAUGUGUGUUUCUGACUUGACAUAUGAAUAUUUCGGAAACAUCUUAAUAUUGCAUAUCGUGUUAUUCGGUUAAAAAUGGUUUUGCACAAAUAUUCUGCACUUAUAUUUGGUCACUGGUAUGCCGUUUUUGCAGUAUUGAGUGUUAUUCCAUCGGCACAGGGGUGUUAUAAGAAACAAAUGUUGAACUGUUAAAUUUAAAUUGUCAGUAUUAAAAAGUAAUAUAGUUUAUGGUUACAGUUA